AUGAAUUAUAGGAAAAGCCGAUUAAAAUAGAAUCCAUUGACUGCAUCAAAAUUAUCACCCUCUUGUUUUCAAUAAUUGCUUCCAGAUUCAAAAAAUAAAACAAAAAAAUAAAAAAUUCAGAAUUCAAUCGAGAAUUAUGUUCAAAUUUAUGAAUUAUAUCUUAAAAUGCUUUUUGGAUAAGAAAUAUCAUUUCAAGAUGAAAAAUAUAUAAAUUAAAAGUUUUAAUUGUUCUAGCAAGAGGAUGAUACUAUAUAAGAACUUGAUUUACCAGAGACAGUUGUUAGGUAAGAUCAAAUUGUAAUUACUUAUUUUUAAGUCUCCAAAAUCCAGAUAGAAUACCAGAUGACUUUGAAUAUCCACUUAAAUAAGUAGAAUAUUUUGAAUAAAUUAUCAAGUCUUUAAAAAUAGAUGAAAAAUCUAUUCAUGAUAAAUUAUUCUUAAAAGCAAUUGAAAAUGUUUUUACUAAUCUAUCCGAUCGUAAAGUCUACUCUUUAUUUGAAUUGCGAACUAGAGGGAUUGAAACACAGCCAAAUUAAGGUAGACAUACAUUAAUCGGUUAUGGUACAGGGUAAUAGUUAUUUUAAAGAACUCCAGACAGGAGUCCAAGAUCUCUUAUAUUAGAUGAUAAGCAUCAUCAUGAAAAUAAGACUGAAGUUUUCCCAAUAUAUGAAAAAGAGGAUGAUAUAAGUAAGUUAGUAAGAAAAUUUAGAAAUUAUCUAAAAGAAUAUGCUAAUCAAAAUAAAGGAAACUUAACUAAUAUUAUGGAUUCAAUUUAAAUUGAUUUUUAAAGCUUACUAUAUACCUCAAAGAAAGCAUAUAGUUAGGGAGAGUAUUUAAAAACAUAAGGAAAUACUUGGUAUAGAACAAAUAAUGAUACUUAAGAUCUUUUAACUUUAAUACGCAAUAUUCUUAUCAUAUAGUUUUCAAGAAAAGGAUAUAAUGUUAAACCUGUUUUAUCUAAAGAUGGCUCUAAAAUUUAUCUUUUAUUGUAUAUUCCAGAAAAAUCUUUAGAAGUAGCAGCAGAAAACUUUUGUUUAUAAAAGAAAUUAAGUUUUUGUUUUACUGAUUUACUUUCUUUAGAACCUGUAGAUAGUGAGUUUAGACCUUUGAGAUUAAAUGGUAGAUUAUGGAAACCUGAUGAAUAUGAUCUAUCCCCUUAUUUUAAAUAUUUAAGACCUUUGAUUAUAGAGUAAAUUAAGAAUAUUAAUUUUAAAAAACUAGCAAGAGAGGUUGGACAAAGUGGGUUAAAUGCAGAAUUAUUUGAAUAUGAAAAAUCUGAAAUGUAUGGAGAUGAAAAUGGUCCUUCUGAUGAAGAAUGGACUGCAUAUUAUAAAUAUCUAGUACAUUUAAAUAAAAAUGUUUAAGUUUAAAGAUAAAAAUACUUAAUUAAUAAUGAUAUUGCUUUAAUUUUAAAUAAAUAAAAAACUGUUGAAGAAAUCUAUGCAAUUAGAAAUCAUUAAUCAUUUUCAUAUUAUGCAUAAUAUAAUCCUGAAGAUUAAGAAAAAAUAAAUAAAAUUUAUGAUUAAAUUAGAGAAUUAUCCUCUCAAAUUUAAAAUUUACCUAUUUUUUAAAAAAUUCCAAAAAUAAAAAAAAUCAAAUUACUCUUAUAAUAAUAAUUGGCAUAUAAUUAUUUAAACAUUUUUAAAGAAGCUUUAAAAGUAGCAAAUUGUCCAAUAUUACAUUUGAAAUCUUUAUGGGAUAGAAAUUAACAAAUUCCUUUAGAAAUUUUUAUUCCUUUCAAAAUACAUUUUAAUAAUUCAACAUUAAAAUAAUAAGCAAAAUUUUAAUUAAGAUGGUGUAGAUAUAUAAAAAAUGAAGAAAAUUAAAUAACUUUAUUUCCUACUCAUGAAAGAUUAAAAUUAUCUUAAUAGCUCAUAAUUUCAUCUGCAAAUAUGAAUACUUUAAUUAAUCUAUAAUUAGUAAAUGGUGUAUUUUGUUUACAUGAUCAUUAUGAAUUAUAUGGACAUUGUAAAAGCAUUUAAUAAGCUUUCAGUUAAGAUAAAGAUUUUUAUAAAAAAAAACCAUUUGAUCUUGCAGGUGAAUGGAUUCUUGAUUUUAAAUAACCUUGGACUUUACCUAUUGAAUAAAUAUGUUCUUAUUUUGGAGAAAAAAUUGGACUUUAUUUUGAAUUCUCUGCUUAUUAUGUUAAAUUUUACUCAAUUUUAUCUAUGAUUGCAAUUAUAUAUACCAUAUUAAUGUAAUCAUCAAAACUUUUUAACAAAGAAUUGUAUAAUAUAUUAAUAGCAACUUUUUCAAUGCUAUUAAUCCAUUGGAGUUCAUUUGUGACAGAUUAUUGGAAUCAAAUUUAAUUAUAAUUUAAUAUUAAGUAUGGAUAAAAUAAAAAUGUAAAAGAAAGUAUUAUAAGAACAGCUUUUAAAGGAAGACAUAUAAGAUCAAUAGGAAAUGAUUAGUUAAAUUCGAUUGGGAUAGUUCAAUCAUAAAUAAUAUAAAAGAUAUGCAUUUCUGUAUCAAUUCUGAUAUUUUUAAUUGGAUCUGAUAUAGGAAUAAUAAUUGGCCUUUAUUUUUUUAAUUUAUUUUUAAAAACCUUAUUAGAUUCAGCUAACAAUUAAUUCUAAUACUUAGAAAUAAUCAUAUCAGGAUCCUUAAAUUAUGGAAUAUAAUAUUUAAUAGAUUCUUAUUAUGAAAAAAUAGCAACAGUUCUAACUGAUUUUGAAAAUUUUUAAACAUCAUUUCAAUAUGAAACAAGUUAUAUCAUGAAGAAAUACACCUUAUAUUGGUUUUCUUAAUUGUUUCCAAUAAUGAUAGUUUGUUUUCUACACACUCCAUUAGACUUAUACUGUGAAUAAGAAAAUUGUAAAGAAGAAGUUAAAUACUUGUUUGGAACUACAAUUUUUUGGAUAUUUUGUUUCAAAAUAAUUAAGUUUCUAAAAAUAUAUCUUUAAGAAUAAAAAAAUACUGAAAAUAAAAAAUAAUUUUAAUUUAGCCUAAGUUUAAUAGAAUUUAUUGAAGAGGAAGAAUUAAAGACUCCUUUCCAAUAAAGUUAAGAAAAAUAUGGUAUUAUAGAUGAAUAUAUGGAAUUUUUUUUACAAUUGACUCUUAUUAAUCUUUUUGGAUGUUUACUCCCACUCACUAUUACAUUGUUUUGGUUUUGGAUUAUUAUUUAAGUAUAAAUUUAAAAGUAUAGAUUAUUAUAUCAAAUUCAAAGACCUUGGCCAAAAGGAGAUGGUUCAAUUGGAAUAUGGAAUGAAGUUAAUUAAUUAAUUAAUUUCGUUACACUUUUAUGUAAUUCUGGCUUAAUUUGUAUUUACUAUCAUGAAUAAUUAUAAGAUUAGGCGAUUUUAUUGUUUUUACCUUUAUUAUUUUAUAAUUUUUCUGUGAAAUAUAUAACGAUGUCUCUUUUUGGUGGUAUUCCUACAAUUUUAGAAUAAAUUAUUCGAAGAGGCCAAUAUAUAUUUAAAAAUAAUAUAUAAAUUACUACUAUAAGUAGAAAACAAACAAAAGAUAAUAAAAAUUAACUGCAAAGAUGUCCAUUAUAUAAAAUAUUUGGUUCAAAUGGGAUUUAGGUUGCAGAAGAUUUUGAAACUAUUAGUUCAGAUAAUGAUAUUACAGAUUAUUAUUUAAAAAAUAGUCAUGCAAUUUCGAAAAGAAUGGUUUAAGAAGAAGAGGAUUAUUAAUAAAGAUUAACAGAAUUGAGUCAGCAGAAUGAACCAUAAAAUUAACUUUAUACACCCUUAAAUACUUAAAGAAAAAUAUAAACAGAAGGAUCAGAAUAAAUGAGCAGAACCAUUUUUUCGUUUUAUAAGGAAAAUGUAAAUAAGUAAGAAACUCAAAUAUAAAAAAAAUAAAAAAUCAAGAUUGAAGAACUAAUUAAAAAAAUAAAAUAGGUCGAAACACUAGAUUACGAAUUUUUUUUUAAUUAUUUUUCAAAAAGAGCAACAAAUUAUGCUUUUGAAAUUUAAAAUUGUAAUGUUACUGAUAAAUAAUUAAAAAGAGAUAGAACUAAAAUUUGGAGAUUUUUUUUUCGUUUAAUCCUAUUGUCUUCAUACAAGUUGUUAUGGAGUGAUUAUAGGUUUUUUGUUAGCUAAUCUUUUGUAAAAAGAAAAUAGAAAAUCUUUUAGAAUUUAGAUUAUAAAAGAUAUAAAAUAUUGAGUUAAUGUUUUAAUAAUUAACUUGAAUUUUUUAAAAACAAAGCAAAUUUAAAAUUUAGAAGAUAAUUUAAAUAAUUUGGAAAAAAGUUAACAUCAGAAGAAGAAAAAGAAUAUGGAGAAGUUCUUUUAAAAUAUCAUAAUUAUAUAGAAAAGAAAUCUUGGUUAAAUUGUAGAAAAGUACAAAUCUUUAGAUAUAAAGGGUUAUUUUUUAGAGGAUUUAGAAAACAAACGACAAAAAAACCCUCCAUUAAAUUUGCCUUAGAUUAUUAUGAAGCUAUGAAGAAACUGGAAUAAGUUAAAUUUGAAUCAGAUAUUCAUAAAAAGUUUAGUACGUUAGUCCAAUAUUCUUCAAUAAAUUAAUAUACAUUAGAUUCAUUUAUCGAAUUAUUUGUAAAGUUGGAAUACGAGUAAUAAUAUAUUUUAAUAUUUGACUAGGUAAUAAAGAAAAUUUGCAUUUCCUUCUAUUAAUGGCACUUUAAAAUAAAAAUAUUACUUUUUACAACCUUUAAAAUCUGAAAUUUAUAAACAUGUAAUUGAUAAAUCAAAGGAUACAUAUAUUUUUGAACAGUAUUCAUUAAAAUUAGAAGAAUAUAUCUUAUAAUACUGUCUUGAUGAAUGGAAUUAAAUUCCAAACAUAAAACUAAAAAAACAUCUUCAUGAUAUUUUAUGGAUUGUCUAAAUUGAAGAGUAAGAAUAUUUGAUGUAAUUUUUUUAAGUUAGACAUGGUUAGAAAUUGAAUUUUUAAAAAUUUCAUGAUGAUAAAUAUGGAGUAUUUUUAGCAGAAAGUAAAAACUAUAUCAAAUUAUUAAACAUUUUGGAUUAAAUAGAUGAUUUUUUUAUAAAAGGAUAUUGUAUUUCCCUUUAUUAAGGAAAAGAUUUUAAAAGCCUAUUUUAAGUAUUGCAAUUUAGAAAGAAAUAUAAUAUCUAUUAUACUAAUAAUGAAAUAUAAUAAUUCUUUUUUGCGAAUAUAAUUCUAAUGGUUAAAAAAUAAGUUUAAAAUGUUUCGAUUUAUAAUUACAUUUUAAUUUAAAACUAGUAUAUGAUUUUAAACUCAAUUCAAGAAAAUAACAAUUAAAUCAUUUCAUUAAUUUAAAUGAUAAUAGAAAUGAUUCUUCUUAAACCUAUUGAAAAUUUUUCAGAGGCGAUUAAAAAUUUCGAGCAUCCGUUUCGUUAUUUUCUUAUGGAUAUUUUAUAAAAUGAUAAAACUCCUUAGCAAAUUUUUGAUUAAAUGUCAUUUUAAAAACCUUUUAUAGAAAUUGAUUUUUAAUUGGCUCCAAAUUAAAGAGAGAUUUCAUAUUCAUAAUAUAUGGAAAAUAUGAAGCAUUAAAUAAAUUUUCAUUUAAGACUAAAAUAAUUUUAAACGGUCUUAAUAUUGAUAAAUGAAGUUGAAGAUUACAUUAAAAUAAAUAAUUAUAAAAUUUCUUCUGACUUAUUACCUCAUUUUAUAAACUAAUUCUCAAAAAAUUUAAAUAGUUAUAUUUUAAAAUCAAAUGAAAUAAAAAAAAUACUUGAUAUUUUGUUAAUCUAUUAUUUUAAAGUUUCCACUUUUUUUGCUUUAAAAAAAGAUUUUGAACCAGAAGUAUCAAAAUUAAUUGAAGGAUUAAAAAAAUGUAGUGUUUAAUUGAGAGUAAUGUUUAGAUAAUUAAGUUUAAAUAUCAAGCUUGAAAAUUUAUCAGAAAUUGAAUAACACAUUAUAUUAAAAAGAAGAAUUAAAGAAAAAAAUGAAGGUAAAUCAUCAAUUAGUUCUUUUGAAAGAUUAAAUUUAAUAAAUACUUUGAGAAAAAAUAAAGAUUAUAUCUUAAUUUUAAUAUAAUAUCAAACAUAAUUGUAAAGAUAUUAGAAUCAAUUUUAAGCAAUAAAGGCUAUAUAUUAAUAUUUUAACAAAAAUUUUCUUCUUGCUGGUAUUCAUUAUUCAGAAAUAAUUCAAAAUUAAGAGAUGCUUAUUUCCCGUGAUCCAGCACCAACAUUUUUAGAUAUUCCUCUUGAUCACAGUCCUGGAUUAAUUAAUUUUGAAUAAUCAUCCCCAACUGAUGAAGAUAACAUAAUAAAUGAAAAUUUAGAUACAAAAUUAGAUUUGACAGAAUGUAAUAAAUUAUAUCUCACCUAAUUAAUAUAUUUUAAAUUUUUAUAGAUGAUAAAUUUAUAUGAUAGUUAAAAUGAACGAUUUUAAAACUUUUAUAAAGAAUUUAUAGAAAUAGAAGGUGCUCAUGAAACAGUUUUUAAUUAUUAUUUAAAACAAAUAAAACUUUUGAAUAAAGAAAAAAUCUCUAAAGAAGAUCAAAAAUAAGAAUUGAAAUGUGAUGUAGGAAAAUAUUUAGUUAUUAUGUAAGUACGAUGGAAUGAUAUUAACAGAAAAAAAUUUAUUAAAUUAAUAUCAUCAGAUGAAGAAGAUUUCUUAAAAUUUUAAAUUAUGAUGUUUACAAAUUUAAAAAUUACAUUAGAAAAUAGAUAAAUUAUUUAACAUUAAAUUGAUUCUAUUAGUAAUAAGAAUGUUGAUACAUAUUGUUGUAUGUAUUAAAUUAGACUUAUUUAACAAUUUUUUCAUCUUGAUAACCUUCAACCUGUUCAUCAUACUUUACAAUAUCAAACUAGCUUAAAUGUAAGGGACAAUAAAAAGUAGUCAUAAAUUGAAUUAUUAAAAGAAUAUCACAAAAUUCUUAAAAUAAAAAAUGAGAGCUGGUUUUUUCACCCAGGUUUAGAGGAACUUUAAGUCUUUUAUUAUCUUUCAAUUUGUUUUGCGUGCUCUCCAAAACAUCUCGAAAACCUUUCUUCUUAAAAUAAUCUUAUUUUUGAAAAAGCAGAACUUGGAAUCAAACAAUUUUAACCCAAUCCAAAAUUCUAUUGUUAAACUUUAAAAUUUGCUUAAAUUAAUAAUGAGUUAGUAGAUGAAUUAAUAUUUGAUGCUUCUUUGGGUAAAUUUUAAUAAUUUUAACUAUUUUGUUAGUUUUUAAAUUGCAACAUCAGAUUUUAUAAAAGGCUUAGUACAACAUAUGAAAAAAUUUAGGAGAACUUAAGUGAUGACUUUCAAUCUUCUAUAUUAGUACUUGGUUUACUACAUUCAUUUUUAUAUUGUUAAUAAAAUGAUGUAGUUGAUUUAAUGUACUAAUUAAUUUAGAGAUUACUUUAAUCUUAGGCAUUUAUUUUUCAUAAAAUACACAAAGGAUUUGAAUAAGACUUAAUGAUAAUAGACAGUAUUUUUAAGGAUAAUAGUAAUUGUUUGCCUGCUCCAUAUAAAUAUCUUUUUGAGUAUACUAAUAACUUUUUAUAUUUUGAAGAUGUUAAGUUUAAUUCUUAAUAUUUAUUAUUCAACUUAAUGAUGAAUUAAGAUUUUUUUUUAAUUUAAGAAAUUAUAUAAGAAUCAAUUAAUACUUUAAAAAGCUAACCUUAAUUGAUUCGUCUUAUGCAUAUAUUUGAAUUAUUAUUAGAUGUAGUUAAUGCAAUGAUUGGAUAUUCAGAGCCAUAAUAAUAAUAUAUGUAUAAUUUUUAUUCAUUUAUUAAGCUUUAAAUUAAAUGAUUAUAUAGAAGGCACUUUAAUUCAUGCUAUCCUAGCACAUUUAUAGUGUAAAUAUUUUAUGAAUUUAAUUGAUUAUGAAAAUGCUUUGAAAUUUUCAUAAAUAAUACUUUAGUAUAUUAAGACCUUUAUGAAAUAAGAAAAAACAAUAGUUUCUUUGUUUAAUGAUUAACUUGUAUUCUUAUUUCAUAUUUUAGAUCUUAGAAUUUUAAAGUAAUUCUUAAUUUGACGAAUUGCACAUAAAAGAUUAUGAAUUCUUAAAAGAGGAAUCUACAGAUCAAGAUUAUGUUCACUUAUUUAAUUAAGAUUUAAUUAAUGAAGCAAUACUUAAUCAUUUAUUAAUUUUAAUAAACUUAGAAUAAAAUCUCCCAAAAAUUAAUUAUCUUUUUUCUUUAUAAUUAAAGUUAGAAAACAAAAUCCACAUCAAUUAUUUGUAGAUGAUAUAUGCUAUGUAUUUUAACUAUUUUUAAAGAAAUCUAAAUUCAUAAUCAUAGUUAUUGUUAACAGAUAAUUCUAAUUAAAUAGAAUAAAUCAAAUUGAAAAUUAAAAAUGAAGAAACCAAAUAAAAAGUAUAUUUUUCUUUGAAAAUGAAUAUACUAUCAGAUAUUACAAUAAUUGAUCAUAAACUAAAGGUGUUAGACUUUUAGUUAAGCAUUUUUUAAGGGGCUAAAAAUGGAAUUAGUUAAAAGUUAAUAACAAAUUGGACUAUUUUAUGUGCUUAAAAUUCUAUUGAUGGAUACUCUGGAAUUUUAUCAUUAAAUAAAAAUAUAAUUCAUCCUUAUGUUUCACUUAUGUAUUUAAUAUAGUGUGAAUCAUAUCGAAUUUUAAAUUAAAUAUUGAAAGCUUAAACAAUGCUUGAUUAAGCCGAAGCAGGUUUGAAAAGCUGGUUUGAAUCUAAUAAACAUCCAUUAAAAGGAUUAUUCUUUUUUCACAAAGGAACUUAAGAUAGAUGGCUUUAUAGUUAAUAUUUAAUAUGUAUUUAAGAAAUCAUAUGUUUAAGAGAAUUUGAUAAAAUUGAAAUUGCUGUUAUUGUUUAAGGUUUGAUUUAUUCGGAAAAAUAACUUCUAAAAGCUUUUGACUAUUAUCACUCAAAAUUAUUAAAAAAUAUAACUGCUCAUUUAGCCAACUAUGUAUUUUCACAAAUUGGAAAACAUGUGAAAUAAAGUAUUGAAUAAAAUUUAAAAUAAUAAGAUGCAAAAGUUAUUUUAGACAAUCAAAUUUAAUCUAGUUCAAUUUAAUCAUUAAAUGGUGUAACACAAUAUUUAGAUGUAAUUUAAUCUCUAUAAUAAAGGCUUUAGCAAUAUUUAAUGCUUUUGAAACAGAACAUAAAUGUAUUGAUAUCAUAAGAAAAAUAAUUGUGGAGGAAGAUUAAUGA